AUGACCAUCCCUCCACAGAUUUAUUGCUUUACUUCUAAACUCUCAGAUUCUGAAAUGCAGACAUUCACGAGAGAUAUUAAUUCUCUUUUCCGUAUUAUUGCGUUCUUCUCACUUAUCCCACUUGCAACUGCAUCUAUUGUCGAUGACUCUUAUACGUCUUACCAAGAUUUAUACGACGCAAUUCUUACUACGCUUUUCCCAAUAACCUUUGUCGUGCUGUUAAAUGUCUCGGGAAAACCUGGGUCGAUGAAAAAGAAGCUGUUGCCACUGUUGGACGAUAUAUUGUACAAUACAGUCACUUGGGUUAUUCCAUUAACGGUGUCAUUUGCCUACGGUGAUGAGCUGGCUGUAAAAAUAUUUUCAAUUGUAAACAUGUGUUUACAUGUUGUUUGUGCAGUGGCUGCAUUAAUCAAAUGGCAGCAAAUUGGUGAUGCCAAUCGUAGUGAUGAUGAUGAUCCUGGUAUCCUGGAUGGUAGCUUCAUCCUGGAUGAAUGCAUUAUGAGCUCUGCUACUCAAGAUAGAGCAAAAAUGCUGAGAGUGGCUUUGUUGCUCAGUUCAGGAGGCAUGACAACUGAUAUAUCCACACUGUUUCAAUUCAGCUUUUCAUAUUCAAUGACUAGUGAGGCAAUACUAAUACCAUACCAGAAUAUCAGGGAAAAAGGUAUACAGUUGAAAGGAUUGUCCCUCUCUUCAAGGCAAUCCAGUUCAUAUUAA